GACAGAUUUUGGAGAGGCAUGCAAGAGUUCACAGCUGACUGGCUGCUUAGUGCGCAGUUCAGUUUGACUCCCCCAGCAUGGCUGAGUGAGGGUCAGCUUUAUCAGGAAUCAUGGGGGGGCAUUUGGCCCUUUUGACAUUUCUCGCCCUCAGCUCUGCAGCCGCGAAGCCCCAGGCUGGGUUAAAGACCUGGGGCCGCUUUAGUAAGCUCCCCUACCCCGGUGACAAGGCUUUCCUCUACAGAACCUUCCCCCAGGACUUCAUAUGGGCGGUGGGCACCGCUGCCUACCAGGUGGAGGGGGCGUUUGAGAAGGACGGCAAAGGGCUCUCCAUCUGGGACACUUUUACGCGCGGCGGUAACCGCAUGGCCACUGGAGACGUGGGCAGCGACAGCUACCAUAACAUCCACGCAGACAUCCGGGCCAUCCGGCAGCUCGGGGUCAGCCACUACAGGUUCUCCCUGUCCUGGUCCAGGAUAUUCCCCAACGGGACGCGCGGGAGCUACAACGAGAUCGGCACCAACUACUACCGGACGCUGAUCAAGAAGCUGAAGGAGAUCCGCGUCCAGCCGGUGGUCACCCUGUACCACUGGGAUCUGCCCGAACACCUGCAGCAGAGCCUGGGUGGCUGGAGCAACCCGCAGCUGGUCCACAUCUUUAAGGACUACGCGGAUUUCUGCUUCCAGGAGUUCGGGGAUGACGUGAAAUACUGGAUCAGCAUCGAUAACCCGUUCGUGGUGGCGCAGCAUGGAUACGGAACCGGGGUGAUCGCUCCCGGCAUCAAGAACGACCCAGAUCUGCCGUUUCGGGUUGGACACAAUUUACUCAAGGCACAUGCAGCUACGUGGCACCUCUACAACCGCCACUAUCGGCCCCGGCAGCAGGGAAAGCUCUCCAUGGCGCUGGCCUCCCACUGGAUCAAGCCCAGCCGCACCCGCCUGGAGAGCCUGCGAGAAUGUCAGUGCUCCCUGGACCACGUCCUGGGUUGGUUUGCCCGGCCAUUGUUCGUAGAUGGAGACUACCCUCCCUGCAUGAGGGAGAGGCUCGGUUCACGUUUGCCCUCCUUCACCCAAGAGGAACGCGAGCAGGUGAGAGGAACUGCUGAUUUCUUUGCCCUCUCUCAUGGAGCAACGCUCAGCUUCCAGCUCAACGACAGCCUAAAGUUCGGGCAGCUUGAGGAUCUGGACCUGAGGAUGCUGCUCUACUGGGUCAACGCAGAGUACGACAAGCCACCCAUCUUUGUGGUGCAGAGCGGCUGGUUUGUCCUUGGGAACACUAAGACAGAAGACCCAAAACACAUGUACUACCUCAAGAGGUUCAUUGCAGAGGCUCUGAAAUCAAUCAUCCUAGAUGGAGUGAAUCUUAUUGGAUACACAGCCUGGUCUCUUAUUGAUGGCUUUGAGUGGCACAGAGAAUAUGGGAUUCGACGUGGACUGUACUAUGUGGACUUCAACACUCCUGACAUGAAGAGGGAGCCAAAGACAUCGGCCACCUUCUACAGAAAUGUCAUCCAUAAGAACGGAUUCCCUGAACUUCCAGAGAACAGACCAGCUCAGGGAGUGUUCCCAUGUGAUUUUGCAUGGGGCGUCUCUGCUAAUUCCAUCCAGGUGGAGACCACUCCCACCCAGUUUGCAGACCCCAAUAUUUACCUGUGGAACAUCUCCAACAACGGCGAGCUAAUCAAACUGGAGGGCUUCAGUGCGCCACCUUUACACCGAGCCACGCACUGUGCCGAUUACGCCACCAUCCGACAACAGGUGGAUGAAAUCCGGCAGGUGGGGGUAAACCACUUCCACUUUUCCCUCAACUGGUCUGCUCUGGUGCCUACUGGUGACGUGGCUUAUCCUAACAGCACCCUGCUGGGAUAUUACCGUUGCUUCACACAGCAGCUGCUGCAGGCCAACGUCACACCGGUGGUCACCCUUUGGCACCACACCCACGAACGCAGCAGCCUGCCCCCCCCUCUGGACACUGCCAACAGAUGGCUCAACCGAAAGACUCCUGAGGCCUUUGCAGACUAUGCCAGGCUUUGUUACAGAGAACUGGGGACCCAUGUUAAGAUGUGGAUCACCCUGAAUGAACCCAAUGAUAAGAUGGUGAACUAUCAGGAGGGCCACCAGAUGCUGCGGGCACACGCGUUGGCCUGGCAUGUGUACGACCGAGAGUUUAGACGCACACAAGGAGGAAAGGUGUCUCUGGCUCUUCACAUGGACUGGGUAGAGCCGGCCUUUUCCUUCAGCCGUGAGGACGUGGAGCCGGCUAAAAGGGUUUUAGAUUUUAACGUUGGCUGGUUGGCCGAGCCCAUCUUUGGCAGCGGGGAUUAUCCGAUGGGAAUGAGGAGCUGGCUGCGACAACUCAACUCGCUCGAAUUGCCUGUUUUCAACGAGGAGGACCGACAGCUGGUCAUGGGGACAUAUGACUUUUUUGCAAUGAGUCACUUCAGCACCGAGCUUGUGACUCACGCUAAGGAAGACUCAUACACCUACACGGAGAUGCUCGAGGUCCAGCGCAUGAUAGACACCACGUGGAUCAUGUCACCUUUGCCCGUCGUUCCCUGGGGCCUGAGGAAAGCUCUAAACUGGGUGAAGCAGCACUAUGGAGACGUCCCCAUCUACAUAAUGGCUAAUGGAGUGGAGGAAGACCCCGCCCGUUUCAAAGACUCCCUGCGAGUUUAUUAUCUGUACAACUAUAUUAAUGAAGCACUUAAAGCGUUUACUCUGGAUGGUGUCAACCUGAAGGGGUACUUUGCCUACGCCCUGAACGACCAAAGGGACCUGGGGUUUGGCCUCUACGGUCAGGUUCACGAGGAGGUCAUCGUCAAGGCUUCUCUCUCCAACUAUCGGAACAUCAUCCAGCACAACGGCUUCCCUAUCCCAGGAGCUCCUCCACAGCAGUGUCCAGCUCUGCCGCAGCCCUGCCCAGGAUGCCACCUCCUCAUCAGGUGGCCUGUCAUAGGCUUCAUGUCUCUAGUGGGUUCAGGAGUGCUGAUCAUGCUGGGCCUCAUCAUUUAUUAUAGCACCAAGAGACAAAAGGAGUAUUACUGAGAAGAUGAAGACUGUGUUGCUGCACAUUAACGGCCGUAUGAAUGUCCAGGGUCACUACUAGUGAUAAACAAUUAAGUUAGAGCAUCCUUUAUUAUUUAUUGGCUUUGUAAUCAACUAUAUUAAAACAGUGUUACGAGAAGUAGAUUAAUUCCACCUCUUAGAAACAAAAAAACAUGACUAACGACCAUCAGUAUGUGAAACGUGACGGUACACAUCAUUCUAACAUGUGAAAUUAGAGCGUUUGGUUCUGUUUUGUGGGCAGUGGCCCUCUUAUAAUCCUCACUUUAUCACCAAAUAAAAACAUCAGUUUCAUGGUGUUAUUAUAUAACAUCUGUAGUGUUUUUCAAAUGAAGCAGAGAAGCAACAAUUAUUCCCUGACAAAUAUUUAUUCAUGAGUAGGAUUUUGAUAUAGAAACAAAUAAGAAAAUGUGGAAAGUGAUAAAGUAGUUUUUGUUAGAUGGGGGAUAAUUAGGUGCUUUUAAACUAACAUGUUCGCUGGAAGGUUAACUUUUUCUACCAGCAUUUAGAUGAAUCCAUCCUGUUAACUCUGAAGUCUUCCUGUCUCUGAGGAAAAGCAUCCCUACAUAAAGCUGCCACUUUCACUGUCUUUAUGGUAACUUACUUUGAACCCUUAUCUUCUUGCACCCUUAUGUCUUAAAACUAUUUUUUUUUUUUUUUACAGCUUUCUUAAACAGUGGGUUGCUCUUAGCUGGUUUUAUAUCCGUUUUCAACAUAUGGGUGAAGGCAUCAAACAUCGUUUUCACAUCAUUAUAGAUGUUUAUCCUAAUAUGAUCUAAAAAUGAGUAAAAUUCUCUUUAAAUAAGUAUUCACUCUUAAUU